CGGGAAGUUGCUAUCGGGAAGUGUUCACAGACAGCAGGAAUCAGAGAUAGAUACAGUCGAAGUCAUACACUCAUACUAAUCAAAGAAGAUGAAGCUAUCCCGAGUUGAAUAUAAGGAGAUUGUGAGGUGGACUGAUCAACUGAGACCCACUCGUCAAUGUAUGAAGAUUCUGAAGGAAAGAUUUCCGAAUCACUCGCAGUCCACUCUUCUGAGCAUCUUCUCCCUGGAGUACCAGAAACGAACCAAAAGAACAAUCUUCAGACACCAUGCACCAGAUGUUAUUGAAAGCCACUACCAAAGGUAUCUCAGUGAGGCCAAGGCACAUCCCACUGCUCCUGUCCUGCUGGAGUUGGCCAAUGAGGUGGAUCUGUCUCCUGCGCUGAUGGCUCGUAUCAUCCUGGACAGGUUCCUUCAGGGCCUGGAGGGUGGAAUGCCCUCUAAAACAGUCCUCAACAGCAUGCUGAAGGAGCCGUCGUUAAUUCCAGACCAAAUCUUGGCCAAUAACAUUUACCAGUGCACAAUAAAUGACUGCUGUUAUGGACCGCUGGUAGACUGCAUCAAACACGCUAUUGGCCAUGAACACGAGGUGCUGCUCUGUGACGAACUAAAGGAGAGGAACCUUUCCUUUCUGGAUGAAAACCAACUGAGAGUUAUGGGCUACGACAAAACACCCGAUAUCAUCCUGGAGGUUCCCAUUGCCGUGGAGGGACACAUUGUACACUGGAUUGAGAGCAAAGCCUCGUUCGGAGAUGACCACAGUCAUCGCACCUAUCUGAAUGAACAGUUCUGGAGCUACUGGAACAGGCCUUGUGAUCUACUGGUAUGGUUUCAUAGGAGAGCUGGACUGCCAGAGAGACAGAGGUAUCCUGCUCAAAGACUGCUUCCCUUCAGACAUUGUCACCCUGUGCCAUGCCGCCCAGCAGGAUCGACUGCCACAGGAGCCAGAAUAAAGACAAAGAGUGAGAAAAGCAACAAAAAAAGAGCGUACGAUGGAAGGAAAGAGAGAGAGGAAGACGAGGAGUCGGGAAGUGUUGGAACAGGGGUGUAUACCUAGAUCCGGAAGCAAUUUGGCUUUCCUGCGGUGUGAGACGACUGGCAGAAAAUCUGCCCUGAACUCCACCUGACCCUCUGUCUCUGCCUGUCUCUCCCUUCCUCUCUUUCACUGCCCCAAAGCUACCACAUGUAAACAUACACCGUCUUUCUGUUAUUAUCUGACAGCACAGGGUCAGAUUCAUACCUGUGUGCAAAAACACCGUCUUGGAGGCUUUCCUGGCUGUGGUCAGCUCCUGGCCCCUGGAUGGCCUCUCGCAACGGACGGCCAGGGUGAGAGCCAGGGCCAAAGCAGGACAUUAGGCCCUUCCUUAUCACACCCACAGCCCUGGCCUUUGUCACUCCUUCCUCCUCCACUCCAUAGGCAGAUAAGAGAGGUGCGGUCCGGGGGCUGGGUGGACGCCUGUCUCUCACCUGCGUCACUCAGUCCCCUCUCAGUCACUCUCCAGGGGGGGUAAACAGGAUCAUUUCUGAUAAAGAUGUCCUCACUCUGACCUUUUUCACUUAAAAAACUAUUCAGGAUCUUCUUUUUUUACCACAGUGGGUUGAAGCACAGUUUCACGCAGAAACUUAAUUACAUUGUAUCAUUUAUUUUUCCACUUGGUAUGAAUUAUCUUAAUGAACUAUAAUUAAGUAUAAAUCUUCACAUUUUGAGUGCAAUUUCUCACACAGCUCCCGCUAAACUCAAAUGCCAUUGAUGACGUCACAUAACAGGUGUCUCUCUGUGUUUUGUUUUUUUCUACAGAAAAUGGCCAUCACAAUUCUACAGCCUACAACCCAAAGACUCAAUUUGCAAUAAUAUAAAAUGGACAUAUGCAUAUGAGAAGCUUGUUUGCCACUUUCUUCUCAAAAUUGGUGGCAAUACAUUUUCUGUCUGUCUGUCAACUGGCCGAUGAAGCGACUAAUCGUUUGUACACAGAUAGUUCACAAGGUUAUUUUAUUAGCCUGAAGUCUACACUUAAUAUGUUUCCUAUAAACAGUGUUGGAUACCAUCAUAGCAAGCCAAGUAGCCUAAAGUUACAGUGUUCUCCACGCAAGGGAUUAAGGUUGAACCAGAGAGCUGAGGUCACAGUCUAAUAAAAUGAAAAGUAAUUAGGUCUAUGUGUCACCUCAGUGAGUGCACUGCAGGGUUGUAAAAAGAAAAACAUUCACUUCUUCUUACAUUCUUUCCUACGUUUUACGCUGUGAUGAUUUAAAAGGAAAUGUAUUUUGUACAUAGUGGAUUUGUAUGUUUUUUAUUAUUAAUAAAUAACUUUUGAUAAAAGAC